AUGAAACAUCGUGUCGUUGUUCUCCAGCAUGGCUCUCACGGCACGCGCAGUGACUUGGGUUGCCUCGCACGACUGCUGCGCGCGCUUGACCCGCCACCGGUCGUCGUGCAGCCGCACGUGAAUGAGGGGUUUCGUACGGAUGACGGCGUUGUGGUGUGUGGGGCGCGGCUCGCGGAGGUGGUGCUUGGCGUCCUCAACGGCCUCUGCCCGGAGGCCGCCCGCGCGACGCCUGCGACGUCGCGCGGGGACGGUGAGACGACAGUGCAGUUAAGUUUUGUGGCGCACUCCAUGGGCGGGCUGAUCGUUCGUGAGGCGUUGCCGCAGUUGGCGCGGGAACUGCGGCAGCGCGAGGGAAACCUGCGUGUGGUGUGGAAGUUGUUUUGCUCCAUCGCAACACCGCACGCGGGCACGUGCCACAUGGAUGCCUUUGUGCGCUCCUACCUUGGGCGCCUGCUGGGACGCCUGUACUCCACCGCGUAUCAUGACAUGUUUCUCCAGUCCAGCGUCCUCACGGAGCGGUUGAUUUCUGCCGAGCACUUGGCCUCCCUUGCGGCCUUUGAGAAGCGUCUGCUGCUCUCGAGCCUGACUGACCUCGUGGUCCCCUUGAUGAGCUCCGGCUUUAUGCUGAAACCCUCACAGCGUGCCGGGAUGAGCUCCGCUGCACGCGCGGAACAGGAGGCCGCCAUGUGUGCCGCCUCGGAGGAGGAGAUGCGUGCCAAGCGACGCACACUCACGGAGCUGCGGGCGGAGGAGUGGCCCCAGGACCAGUACCCUGUGGAGCGGCGUAUUGCGGAGGCCAUGCUAAAAGGCGCGGGUGCCUUUGACUCCAUUGUGGUGGAUUUCACGAACCUGCACACGCACUGCGACAGCCCACACGUGCGACGCACCGCGGAACAGCUCUCUCAUCGGGCCCUGGUGUGCAAGGAGCCCAUUCAAAGCAUGGGACUGGAGGACGUUUUUUCCUUUGUUUCAAGGCAUGUGGUCAGCGAACUGGCGGCGGGGCAUCGUUAG